AAGAGACCCCGGUAGUGCCUGUGUGCACUACUCUCCGGUACCUCGUCGCUCGAGCUGUAAGCAGCGGAGAUGGGUACCUUCAGCACCGUCACCGGCCGGUUGCUUAUCCUUUUUAUAGUGACUGCCAGUACUCUUGGAAAAGCCGCUGAUGAACGGACACUGCAAGCCCGCCUAACUCCCUGCGAGCUCAUCAAGUACCACGGCUACCCCUGCGAGCUCAGCUACGCGACCACAGAUGACGGGUACUUGCUCGAGGUGGACCACGUCCCUUAUGGUCGCGAGGGUAGUCCUUCCGGCGUGGGCGACAAGAGGACACCUCGCUACCCGGUCCUUUUGGUGCCCGCCUUCACCAGCGCUUCGGACAUGUGGUUCCUCAAUUACCCUUCGCAAAGUCCUGGCUUCCUGCUAGCGGACAGGGGCUUUGACGUGUGGUCCAUGAACUCGAGGGAAGCUAAGCCGUACUCUAACCACACGACCCUCUCUCAACGUGACUCCAAGUACUGGCGUUGGAGCUUUGACGAAAUCGGCCGCUACGACGUGGCGGCGGGCGUGGACCACGUUCUCAAGGCCACCGGUGCUCCCAAGCUCACAAUAAUGGCACUGUCCCAAGGUGUAACCAUAACCCUUGUUUUCCUGUCCACGCGCCCGGAGUACAACGAAAAGGUCGACCUCGUGAUCGCGUACGGUCCUGUGGCGAACAUCACACAUGCGGGCCCGCCAUUGUCUGUGGCGAUGCCUCUGCUUCCACCUGUGCUUUUUGCACUUGACCCCUUGUGCAGGGGAGCUUACGUUGGAGUAAGCAGUGGCAUGAAGCGGUUUUUCUCGAAGAUAUGUGAAGCCGCCACUGGCCGCCUGUGCUCUCCUGCGUUCACCUUAACGCUCUUAAGCAGUUCACGUCAGCUGAAUAAGACGCGGAUUCCUGUGUACGUCGGGCAUUUCCCUAUGGGUACGACUGUACAAAACAUGCGCCACUACCACCAGAUGUACAAGGCGAAAAACUUCGUGAUGUACGACCAUGGGGCGACGGAAAAUCGCCAGCGGUACGGCCAGGUGGCGCCCCCAGCUUACCCUCUGGAACGUAUCACCACCUCCAUUGCUCUAUUCACAUCCGAGGGAGACUUUGUGGCUGACACCCGUGACGUGGAGGACUUGGUGACCAGACUCGGAUCGAGCGUGAUUCUCCACCGCGUGGUUCCCGAGAAAACGUUUGCGCACGUGGACUUCGCUUUGGGUUACCGUGCCAAUAAACUCGUGCACAAUAUGGCCAUCGACAUCAUCCGACAGCAUGCGACACGGAGGUCGUGAAAACUGUUUGCCUUGAGAAUGGAACCGUAGCUUCCUCAUACCAUCAUUGACAAAGCGCCAUAAUUUGUGCUAAGGAUAUAAGGAUGGCAGGAUACUCGGCGUUUUGCGUAAAUUAAGGAGUGUACAGAAACAGGGGAUUUCUCUGUAGAUACAGGUAAACUUUAGUUUACAAGACGACAUUCAAGACACUAUUCUAGGUACUGUUCUACAAGAUGCUACAACACGCAAUACAUCCGGAUGGGAUUUGAAUAACUGAAGGAGUGAAACUAUCAUCUUGUGUGACAGAUGAUGUAUCAGUUUUACAAUAGAAAUAUUGUGAUGGCUGAGUGACCUUUGGUGUUGUAAGUGUUUGGAAACGUAUCUGUCACCGUAAGUUUGCCGAAUAAAAUUUGAGUAGAGUUG